CCCCUUCCCGCCCCGCCCCGCGACGGCGCCUGCGCCUGCGCGACGUCGGACGGAGGGACGGAGGGACGGCCGGCCGCGCCAUGGCGGACGAAGAGCUCGAGGCGCUGAGGAAGCAGAGGCUCGCGGAGCUGCAGGCCAAGCACGGGGACCCUGGUGAUGCAGCCCAGCAGGAGACAAAGCAAAGGGAAACAGAAGUGAGAAACAGUAUCUUAGCCCAAGUUCUGGAUCAGUCAGCCCGGGCCAGGUUAAGUAACUUAGCGCUUGUAAAGCCUGAAAAAACUAAAGCGGUAGAGAACUACCUCAUACAGAUGGCACGGUAUGGACAACUGAGCGGGAAGGUGUCAGAACAAGGUUUAAUAGAAAUACUUGAGAAAGUCAGCCAACAGACAGAAAAGAAGACAACAGUUAAAUUCAACAGAAGAAAAGUAAUGGACUCGGAUGAAGAUGACGAUUACUAAGAGGACAUGCUUAGACAGCCUUACGGAGCAGUGUCUAGGGCAGUUACAACCUUUAAAUGUUUACUUUGUUUAUUAUCUCUAUAUGCCUUUUGAAAAAAUAAACUUGUUACUCAAACUAAAGCAGUUUGGGUGUUGCAGAAUCAUCAGGCAACUCACAAGAAGAUCUGUGUUUUGGGUAAUCGAUCCCUUCCUUCCAAAAGCUUUUAAAUGGCGGCAGUGCAAGUUUAUCCAUUGCAGCCAGGACAUUAACGUGAGGCGGAGAAUCGGAAGCUGUGCCAGCGUGCCUCAGCAGCGAGACAUACAUACAGCAAGGGAAAGAAAACCCCGGGCAACCGAAUCAGCUUUAAGAUCCGAGCACAUCCAGCGUUCUUCAGACAAAACUUGCAAAAACAAGGAAGGACAUGUCCUUUUCCUGCAGAUAGCAUUUCGAUUUCCUAGCUUUUGAUUUAAUUUACUUUUCAGAGGUGUUGAGUUUCCAUUAUCCAACAAAUACCACUCUGCUCCAAAACAACCAGAGUGUUACUUUUGCAGAGUAAGUAGGACACCCUGCGGUAACUAUUGAACAGUGGCGUGUUUACAAGGAGUAGGCUGGAGUGAUUGAUGGUUGAGUGCCGACAAGCACAGGACACAAGUCUCUUCUCAGCACCGCGUUGGGCAGCUCACGACAGCCUGUACCUCCAGCUCCAGGGGAUCAGACACCCGCCGGCCCCAGAAACCUACCAUGAAGCCCCUUAUAAGCACACGCACAUACCUGAUAAAAAUAAAUUCUAAAAAAAAAUUGCAAAUAACUGGAUCAUCAAUUUGUGUUCAGGAUUGCACCACCACAGUCGGAAUCUACUGAAGGGUUCUGUGGGUGGUUUCAUUGAGAGGGUUUUGUUGAAUAUAUAUUGGGUUUGCUGUUAUUGUUACGUCUAAAGCUGGUCUCAACUCUCCCUUUAGCCGAGGACUACCUCAGGCUCAUCAUCUUCCUGCUUCUGUAUUUCUGGUGCUGAGAUUACAUACGUGCACCGUCAUACCUGGUCUGUGUGGUUCUGGGACUUGAACGCAGAACUUCAUGAGUGCACAGCCUCAAAUUCCCACUUACACUUUAAAUUUGCUUUAUGGCUCCUGGAGUGCUAGAAAAAUCCCCGACAUGUCUCUGCAAAUUUUGUUACAUGUUUCAUUAAAGUUACCAGUCCUGAUGGCUAA